GAGCCUUCCAACGGUCGGAGCUGGGUACCUCUGCGACGGGCUGGGAACUUGCUUGCCACAACGGAGGGUGUCCGCCGAAGGAACGACUAAAGGAACACCUAUACGGGGAAAUAAACCAAAAAAAUGCCCUCAAAUAAAGACGAUGGCGGGUGGAAGAAGUUUGUGUGGAAUUCGGAGAAAGGAGAGUUGCUCGGUCGUACCGGCAGCAGUUGGUUCAAAAUUUUCCUGUUCUACGUCAUUUUCUACGGCUGCCUGGCGGGGAUCUUCAUCGGCACCAUCCAGGCCAUGCUGCUGACGCUGAGCGACUACAAGCCCACCUGGCAAGACAGAGUGGCACCCCCUGGCCUUACACACACCCCACGAUCAGACAAAGCUGAAGUGUCCUUCAACCUCAACGACGUGGAGACCUUCCUGCCUUACACGAAGGCCUUGAAGGAUUUCCUGGCCAAGUAUGAUGAUGAACUCCAGAGGGACCAGAUGAAAUUCGAGGACUGUGGAGACGAGCCGGCAGAGUACAAGAACCGGGGCGACCUCGAGAGCGACGUGGGCAUCAGGAAGGCCUGCCGUUUCUCCCGGACCCUGCUGGGUCCCUGCUCUGGCAUCGAGGACCGCGACUUCGGCUUCAGGGAUGGCAAGCCCUGCCUGGUUGUAAAGCUGAACAGGAUCGUCAACUUCCGUCCAAAGCCUCCUACCUCAAAUGAAAGCAUCCCUGAAGAGGCUCAGCCCAAGGUGCAGCCCAACGUGAUGCCCAUCUAUUGCACCAACAAGAAAGAGGAGGAUGCUGGUAAGAUCGGGGAAAUCAAAUACUACGGCAUCGGCGGUGGCUUCCCCCUCCAGUAUUACCCCUACUACGGCAAGCUGCUGCACCCUCAGUACUUGCAGCCGCUGGUGGCCCUGCAGUUCACCAACCUGACCCUGAACAGCGAGCUGCGCAUCGAGUGCAAGGUGUUCGGCGACAACAUCAACUACAGCGAGAAGGACCGCUACCAGGGACGCUUUGACAUCAAGAUCCAGGUUAACAGUUUAUGACUGCCAUCAGAGCCGUAGCACUUUUCGUCCGACCGCUGCCACCCCCACCCCCCCCUUCGCCCCUUUUGCCCUGAACCCUCUCAGUGUGGGAGACAAUGAGGUGAGGGGUGUAGGUCGUAGCGGUUAAGUCAAUCACAAAUAGUCUUGAACGAAUAAUGAAAAAGUUAAAAAAAAAAAAAAAAAAAAACGGAUAGAGGACCGACGUGAAAUCUGUCUUUCACCCACUAGCUUCUACACUUCUGUCUAGCAUUAGAAUGUAAUUUAGAGGAAGAGUAGCAAUAGGCCUAAUGAUAAAAAAAAUAUUUAUUCUGCUGUAAAUGAGACUUUUCCACAAGCCAUGGGACAUUGUCCAUCGACGAGUGUAAAGUGUAAUUCCAUCUCUGAUGUGUAGCGAGCUGUGUUCGUCCCCCCUCUGCAUAUCUCUGCCUUGUGUGGCUUUCAGUAGUCAGUAGUAGUUUUUUGUUUUUGUUCUUUUUUUUUUUGUUCUUUUGUUUUUGUUUUGUUUUAUUGGAGUGUGCAGUAGUUGGAAAAAAAAUAUUCUGUUUCCCUCUGUGAGCAAGCUUCUGCAAUUCUAGGCAUAUAUAUAUAUAUAUAUAUAUAUAUAUAUAUAUAUAUAUAAAAAUCUAUAAAUAUAUUUUGUGUGUGUGUCAGACACUAAACACACGCACUCCCACUUACAUAGCAAUGGCAAUAGUUUGACACUCUCUCUUCUGAUCUGUGUAAGGAAAAGGCUGCACUCCAGGGAAUUUCCUUCCUCUUUUUCUUUAUGUUUUUACACCUGAUCAACGGAGACUCUUUUUACUUUGCCUUUAUUAUUAUUUUCUUUCUUUCUUUCUUCUUCUGCUUUGUUAAAUCACUUAAAUGUGUGAAGGGGUUUUAUUACUUGGUCUCAUGCCUUUUACUUUUGAUUGUCUCUUUCUUUUUUUUUUCUUUUUUUGUGCCUUGAAUGUAGAGUUGUGUGUCCAGCCUGCUGUUAGACACUUUGGCCUGCCAGGGCAACGGUGCUAACCUAAGUUUUUAAAAAGAUUUUUUUUUUUUUCUUUUUUUUUUUUCCUGCUGGGUUCAUCACAGCCUGAAUGUUUUAGCCAUUUAAAACAUGGUGGAAGAAUUUUAUAUUUAUGCAGUUGUACAUUUUUUUGUUUUCUUUGCAGAAUAUUGUAAUGUAUAAAUGCAAUACCAAAGUGACAAGUCGAAGAUAAGAGUCUGUCCGAAGCAGCGCACGACUCAUUUUUAGGAUCUCAUCAUGUUAAGUGCUAAAGCCAGUGUGUCGUCUCGCGACCCUUUAAUGGUUAACUCUUUUUGAUUUGUGUUUUUAGCCAUGAAUGUAAGUAGGUGUAGAAUGAACAGGUAACAGGUAGUUAAAUUCCACAGUGACCUGAUCGUCAUUGCAUUUCAAAGUUUCAAAUAAAUAAAUAAAUAAAAGACAAGAGCUCUGACAGAGCUCACGGCUUUUAGACUGACUAAUGAUGUUGGUUUAAAUAUUCCAUGGGAUCUGUUCAUCCACCUUUUUGUCAUUCAAUCAAAGAUAGAAAUGAAUAAAAUCGUAAUGGACA